AUGCAUCCAGUAUCCAGUGUAUUCGUUCCCAAUAAACUAAAGAAAUACUCACAGUUAGAUGAUGCCAUACUAAAUAUUCACGAAAACUCCAUCAACGAAACAUUAAGCUUUAUUCAAACAAAUUUUAACUCAAAUGAGCUAACUUUCAUUUUUAAUAGAAUUAUACAGAUUUCUAAGAUCAGACUAACAUCUAGACGGGAUCUAGCUGAUCUCUAUAUCAGAGUUUGUAUCUUAUUUGAUGAAAAGAUUGAUUUCAAGCACAUUUUAAGUGCUUCUAAUCCAUUUGCAUUCCAGAUUAUAUCAGAAAUUACCAAAUUUGUAAAUGUAGAUCACAUUCUUCCGUCGAAUUUUGCAAUUUCCAAUAUUCAAGAGAACUUACUCCACAAAUUUAUAUACUUAUAUCAAAAGAACUCAAUAAAGUCUAUUAUCAAAGCUGAUAACGUCGAAUUACUCAAGAAUUUUGUAAAUGAAAAUCGAAAAUUCGACUUUAGAACUAAAAAGUCCAUCUCAGCAUUUUACAAUCUAGGUAAAAGAUGCAAAGUAUCACUCUUAGGCUUUGCUGCUCAUUAUGGAGCCUUAAAUUGCUUCAAUUAUCUCUUAAAUCAAGGUUUACAACCAAAUUUGAAUGAAGCACACCAUGCUAUUAUUGGUGGAAACACAGAUAUCAUCGAAAACUACAAGGAAGAGAUCCCAAAUUGCCUUGAAACUGCUAUUCUUUGGAAUAGAAAUGAAAUUGCUGAUUAUAUCCUUAGUAAUGAUGAAGAAAUUAUGUUUUCUAUUGAAUCAGCAACAAACAACAUCAAGGCAACUCUUUUCUUACUUAGUUGCAACUUCUGUGAUUCAAUGACUUUGCAAAUGAAGAAAAUUUUUGACGGAUUGAAGUCUGCAGAGGCUUUCAAAGAUAUGAACUUACUUAAUCAUUUAUUUGUUCUUAAUUAA